ACUACUAAUCAACCAGCAAACAACUCGUCCCACAUGUAUAUUAUAGUAGCCCUCUCAUCAUGAUACUCUCCUCUUCUCUCUCUAUAAAUCCGUCUCUUUCUCCUCCACUUUUUUCCGCCGCUUGUUGCUCCUCCUCCACCCUUUCUUCUUCUUCUUUCUGCUUUUCGUCUGUUUCUUUUAGAGCUUUGAGCUCUUCUUCUUUUCGGACAACACCCAUUUCCAUUUCUUGUCAGCAGGAUUCUUCCAGGCUAAAAAGAUUUCAUCUUGUUAAAGCCAAAGCUAAAGCCAACGACAGCAAUAUGACUAUUGCGGAGGUUAGAGAACAGGAGGAGGAUAAUCCUCCUCUUUUGCUUGAUUCUGAGACCAAUUCCAGUCCUCGCCGCAUUGCUCUUUUUGUUGAGCCUUCUCCAUUUGCAUAUGUGUCAGGAUAUAAAAAUCGGUUCCAGAAUUUUAUCAAAUAUUUGCGCGAAAUGGGGGAUGAGGUGCUGGUUGUUACUACACAUGAAGGAGUACCUAAGGAGUUUUAUGGAGCAAAAUUGAUUGGAUCACGGAGCUUCCCCUGCCCCUGGUACCAGAAGGUGCCUCUUUCUUUGGCACUGAGUCCAAGAAUAAUUUCAGAGGUUGCACGGUUUAAACCUGACAUAAUACAUGCAUCAUCACCUGGGAUAAUGGUUUUUGGUGCUCUCAUUAUUGCAAAACUAUUAUGUGUUCCCAUUGUGAUGUCUUAUCACACUCAUGUCCCCGUAUACAUCCCAAGGUACACUUUUAGCUGGCUGGUGAAACCCAUGUGGUUGAUUAUAAAAUUUCUUCACCAAGCAGCUGAUCUUACACUGGUACCAUCAGCUGCUAUUGGGAGGGAUCUCCAAGCAGCUAGGGUGACAGCAGCUAAUAAGAUUCGCCUUUGGAAUAAGGGUGUUGACUCUCAGAGCUUCCACCCUCGUUUCCGUUCUCAUGAAAUGCGAUGGAGAUUAAGCAAUGGUGCGCCUGAAAAACCAUUAAUAGUCCAUGUUGGGCGACUUGGGGUUGAGAAGAGUUUGGAUUUCCUAAAAAGGGUGAUGGAUAGGCUUCCAGAUGCAAGAAUUGCCUUUAUUGGAGAUGGACCAUAUAGGGACGAACUUGAAAAGAUGUUCUCUGGUAUGCCUGCUGUCUUUACUGGGAUGUUAGGAGGAGAAGAGCUCUCUCAGGCAUAUGCCAGUGGGGAUGUUUUCGUGAUGCCUUCAGAAUCUGAGACUCUUGGUCUUGUUGUUUUGGAGGCCAUGUCUUCAGGGAUACCUGUGGUGGGAGUUCGUGCUGGGGGAAUCCCAGAUAUAAUUCCUCCAGACCAGGAGGGCAAAACUGGCUUUCUCUUUAAUCCUGGAGAUAUUGAUGAUUGCUUGGGGAAAUUAGAACCAUUGUUGAACAACCGUGAACUCAGAGAAACCAUUGGUAAAGCAGCACGUGAAGAAAUGGAGAAGUAUGACUGGAGGGCAGCAACAAGAAAAAUACGAAAUGAACAAUACAAUGCUGCGAUUUGGUUCUGGCGCAAGAAGAGAGCACAGCUACUGAGACCUAUUCAAUGGCUGGCAAAGCGUCUUUUCCCAUCUCCAGAACUCAACUACAAUUGAUGGGAUACAUCUCAGAGUUUUGUUCUGCAAAAAGUAUCCCAAAAUACAGGGAAAAAAAUUGCCGCUGCCAUUUGUUGGGGGGUGGGGGUGUGGGUGGGGGGGUGUUGGGGUGGUUUGGUGGUUGUAGACUUGGUUUGGCUUUCUAUAAGGCCUUUGAAGGUUUGUGGAUGAUUGAUUGUUUGUUCAUUUGUUGUAUAUUAUGGACCAUAAAUUAUGGUCAGGUUUGCAAUUAAAUGAUUUGUGGAUAGUUUAGCAUGAGGAAUUCUUUCUGGAAAAGCAAAUUUUAGCAUUAAGAAUGUAAGAUGGAUCUUUAUUUUAUUUUAUUUUAUUUUAGGGAAAGCCAGAAGAGAGCAAUAUCAAAGACAAGCAUUUGUUUUCCUUUUGUUAA